CGGUUCCAAGCAGAGCCGUCGGAGAUCAAGGCAAUGGACAAGCUAAUGGUCUUCGAACAAGGCACGUUGCCGAGUGUCGAUUGGAUUGCCGCGUACCAACGCUCGACAUUCGUCCCAUACAUCCAGAUGGGCUUCAAAGCCAUCCGCCACUACUUCAUCUCAAGGUCGUAUCCGGCAUUAAGCAAUGCCCUGACUCACGUCGAGGACACCUUGACGACAACGGCGGAACUCUUUGACAAGGCCGAGCAGAUUAUCAUCACGACCAAGGAGGCUAAGAACUUGCGUUCAUCUGCGCCAGGCCUGACCAGAGACCAGCAUCAGCCAAGAGUGGUUGUGGUCGUGGCGGCAACGCCAUUUGACCAAACUAGCGAGGCCGUGUCUGCCAAUGAAGGGGACAGACUCGCAGCCGCCCGGGAAGGUGGCCGCCCCGGCAAAGGCCGAGGACGCGGCAAGGCGAAGACAAACACCACAUCUAGCCUCGGGCCUGGCGCAGCAGCUCGAACCCCAUGGUCCCAAUACGGUGGCCGCGAGUUGUGCAUGCAGCGAUACGAUGACAACAACGCACCACUCAUGUAUGUCCGCAUCCAGGUUGGGCAAGCGUCCUGCAUUGCUUUGCUGGAUAGCGGCGCGUCUCGCAAUUUCAUGAGCCAAACCUUUAUGCAAAGGGCUGGCCUUGGCGCACAAGUUCGGAGGAAGGCAAACCCGACGGCGAUCAAGUUGGCGGAUGGAAAGACGCAGCAACUUCUCGACCGUUACAUCGAGGCCGUACCGGUGUAUUUCGCACCUCAUGCAUGCGAACCGGUGACGUUCGACAUUAUGGACACGGACUUCGACAUCAUUCUCGGAAUGCCUUGGCUUGCAAGUGCGGAUCACACGGUCAACUUCCACCGGCGGACUCUUAGCGUUCGCGACGCCUUCGGCGCCGAAAUGGCAUGUACUAUUCCUCUCACGCACCCUUCGAUUCGGUGCCAAGUGGUGACGACCAAAUCAUUCCGGGUGACUUGCGCUUACGAGCAGCCCGAGGAAAUCGGCCUAUGUUUCCUAUGGACCGUCGCGGUAGCCGACUCUUCACCCAUGGACUUGUCUUCGGACCCCCGGGUGGUGUGGUUGCUGGACGAGUUCGCGGACAUCUUCGAGUCACCUACCGGUGUCGUGCCAGAUCGGCCGAUCUCUCACGAGAUCAUUCUCGAGGCCGGUGUCGUGCCGCUGAAAGGUUGCAUCUAUCGGAUGAGCAAGGAGGAGCUUGAGGUCCUCCGCACACAACUCAACGACUUGUUGGCCAAGGGCUGGAUCCGCCCUAGUAGCUCCCCAUAUGGAGCACCAGUUCUCUUCGUUCGGAAGAACAAGGAUCUACGUUUAUGCAUCGACUACUGCAAGCUCAAUGUGCAAACCGUUAAGAAUGCGGGGCCUCUUCCUCGCAUCGACGAUCUUCUUGAGCGAUUGGGCAGCGCAAAGUAUUUUUCUAAGUUGGAUUUGAAGUCGGGAUAUCAUCAAAUCUCGAUCCGGCCGAACGAUCGCUACAAAUCCGCGUUCAAGACGCGCUGGGGCCUUCCUGCUGCAGCGCCCACCAAGGUGAUGAAGAUGGCUGCCACCAUAGCCAGGGCUGCGCCUGAAAAGUUUUAUGUUGCUCUUUACAGCGCAGGGCAUAAGGACUGGAGGUCCUUUGGACGUGCAACACUAGACAUGGAGGCUAAGCUCCAUGUCCAGGCCCCCUCCAGUGACAGGAGAAAAGGCGCCUUCCCUCGCGGUGGUAGAAAGGGAAAGGCAGCCUUUGCUUAUGCGGGCUCUAGGUCAGCCUCUGACACAGGAUCCCAGCCUGAGAUGCACCGCAUCUUCAGGCCUUACCUGGACAAGUUCAUGGUCGUCUACCUGGAUGAUAUCCUGGUAUUCAGCCGGACUGCCAGGGAACAUGCGGAGCAUUUGACUCUUGUCCUUCAGUCAUUACGUGAGAGCCAGUACAAGAUUAACAGAGAGAAGUCCUCCUUUGGAGUUACCUCUGUCAUCUACCUGGGCCACGUAAUCUCUGGAGAUGGUCUGGCUCCUAAAGCAGCCAAGAUUGCUGCUAUUCAGGAGUGGCCACAGCCACAGACAGUUGGUCUUGAUGUUGCUUUCCAUGCCAACUUCAAUGACGACGAACUGCUUCAUGACAGGAACAAGUACAUGGUAACGCCCGGUCUUCGCAAGCGUAUAAACGAGAAGCUGAAGAGAGUGACAGGCUACUUAUCUUUCCUCCAAGCCCCCAUGUUCAGCAGAGGAAUUGUUGACAAUGUCACCCACAUGGUUCUAUGGAAUAAGCCAGAGGACGAAGCUGAUAGGAGGGAGAAAUAGACUUAGAGAGUGGAAGAGAAAAUAACCAUCAAUGUCAUCAAAGAUAGAACCUCCUCAUAAUCCACUUCCCCUUCGGGUGUCUCCCCUCGUCCACAUCAGCAAUCAGUAUCCCAGAACGAGUCUGACAAGAUUCGAUCAGCAUAGUGUCACGUACGCACAGAUCUCUCAUGAAGGCGUCACAGCAGCGCAAUAAUGUCGACAGCAUCAACCAGGUGAGUUCUCCUGUCUCUCUCAAUCAAUCCCACAGCCCUAA